AAUAAUUAUUUUUGAUUUCUUUUUUGGAAAAAAUAAGAGUAAUCACUCUGAAAACUGAACUUUGAGGCUAUAAAUAAAAUCGAAAAGGUGAUCAGAAACGAAUAUUGAAAUGUAUGAAGACUUUGCUGUACAAAAACUUCAUGGUUGAAUUCAUUUCAACCCAAAAUUUAGUGGAAUUCUUAAACUUUUGAUAAGACAUCUUACCCCACUUCACCACUUCAUCUACAUUUCAGUUGAUGAUAAGCCGGAUAAACACAAAAUUUUACUCCAGAAAAUUCAAACUUCCAGCACAUUCUUCAUGAAGAAUUACACAAAUCGAUGAGUAAAUAAUGAAAAAGCAAUAUGUAACGUUGAAUUUAGAAAAUAUCAACAGAGUUCCAGUAUUACAACACCGUUCAUCUCAUCGCAAAAGUUUAUGGCGAGCAUGGAGGCAGCUGUCAAGACUACAGAAAAAUCUAAUCGUCACACUGUGGUGCAGUAUUAUUCUCGUUAUCUUUUACUGGGUCAUAUUCAACUCGCAAAGAGGUCUAGAUGACGUAAAAUCUGAUAAGCAUAUCAAAGAACCUGACGAAGAUGGUCAAAAGGUCCACGAAGAUGUUGACGAAACAUUCCAAAAAAUACCAGAAAUCGAUUCCAAAGUAGUCGUAGAUAAAUUAUUCGUCGAAGAGCCAGUCAAUAAGAAACCAAUCCAGAUUGAUGAAACUCGUAAAGCUCAACCAUUCGUACCAAAGCCACAGGAAACUAUUACAGUACGACAAAGAGCAGUUGUAAAUGCUGUAAAACACGCUUGGACCGGGUACAAGAAAUAUGCCUGGGGACACGACCAUCUUCGUCCGAUUAGUCUCGGGUAUCAAGAUUGGUUUCAUUUAGGAAUGACCAUCGUGGACUCGUUGGAUACCUUGUACAUCAUGAAUUUGACCAAAGAAUUCGGCGAAGCUCGCGAAUGGGUUGAAAAAUCGUUCAUAUUCGAUCACCGUAACGAUGACGUGAACUUAUUCGAAGUAACUAUACGUAUCCUGGGCGGAUUACUAUCAGCAUAUCAUUUCUCAAACGACGGUCUGUUUUUGGAAAAAGCGGCAGAUUUAGGUGAACGACUACUCCCGUGUUUUGAAAAAUCACCGACAGCUAUUCCAUUCUCAGACGUGAAUCUAGUCUCCCAUACCGCUCGUGUUCCUCGAUGGAGUUCAGAUUCCAGUAUAGCUGAAGUGAGCACACUUCAGCUCGAAUUCAGAGACCUGUCUCGUUGCACAAAGGAACCUAAAUUUGAAAAAGCAGCUUUCGCUGUCAGCGAGCAUAUUCACAAGCUUCGUAAACCAGAUGGUCUCGUUCCUAUAUUUAUUAACCCGAAUACUGGUAAUUUUAAUUUCGAUUCUGAAAUUAAACUGGGUGCCAGAGGAGACAGCUAUUACGAAUAUUUACUUAAACAGUGGAUUCAGACUGGAAAAACAGUAGACUUUCUUAAACAAGAUUACAUCGAAGCCAUCGACGGUAUCAUGAAAACUCUCACCAAAACAACACCGAAACGAAAAUUGACUUUUAUCGGCGAAUUGAAAUCUAAAUCGAGAACAUUUUCUCCCAAAAUGGAUCAUCUAACUUGUUAUUUACCUGGAACCUUGGCACUGGGUGUUCACAAUGGUAUGCCAAAUAAGCAUAUGAAGUUUGCUGAACAGCUCAUGGAAACGUGUUAUUACAUGUAUAAAGAUCAGCCUACUGGAUUGGCACCGGAAAUCGUUUAUUUCAAUUACGAACCGGAGAAAGGAGGAGUAGACAUGUACGUCCACUCGCAAGAUACCCAUAAUCUUCUUCGACCAGAAUUCAUCGAAAGUCUCUGGGCCAUGUACUCGAUCACCGGAAACGAAACCUAUCAACAAUGGGGCUGGGAGAUAUUCCAAGCGUUGGAAAAAUACACCAAAGUUGCCAACGGAUACACCUGCAUAAACAACGUACUAGACCCGGAAAACACCAAACCACGUGACUUCAUGGAAUCCUAUUUCAUGAGCGAGACGUUAAAAUACCUGUACUUGUUGUUUAGUCCAAAUCGACGACUAAUCGACAUCGAUAAACUCGUAAUGAACAGCGAAGCUCAUCCUCUACCUAUUUAUUCCUAUUAAUGUGAUACCGAGAACCUCCCUUCUUCCUCACACCUCGUCGUAUCAAGAGUCAUUACGACGCUAAAAAUUAUAAAUUCCUGAAAAAACCUGAAUGGUUGUUUAUAUGUACGAACCACGUGUACGAGACACGUGUGCUGAUCUCUGUUAUGUAAAUUAUUAAAGACGACGACGAAGGUAUAAAUUAAUAUUGGCAUUUGGUUCGUCGUAAUACUGCUCAAGUGCUAAUUGAUCAUUUUUACCCUCUCGAUGGCUGUGCAAGUCGGUGGAUUCGUCCCUCGCGAGUGUUUUAUUUAUUAUAACACAAGUUGUUGUGUACCUAAUUCGUAUGUUAUCUAUUUUAUUUACUUAUUACUUAUGUAUCUUCGAUUGUUGAAAGUUAUCAAUUGUCCAAUGGUUGUUUAUUCAUCUAGUUGAUCCCCUCACACCCCCUACGUUGAAAUAUUAAAUACACAAACUGAUAGAGAACUCAGUGCUCGAUCUUUAGCCCAGACAUAUUUUUAAAUUAUGUGGAAUUUUUUUUGUUUUUUAUUUAUUUACCUACCUGUUUAUUUAAUUAAUUAAAUAGAAUUAUUGUAUUCGAAACGAUGCUUACCUGCGAACUGAGAUGUGCUGCUGGCCGACGAUUUAACCGUAUAUCGACGUAUUUUUCAUCUUGCUGUGAUAAAUUAUCUGUACGUGUACCGAAUAUUGUACUAAGUAAUCGCGCAAUUUAGUCGUUCUUCGCAUUUAAAUACUUAUUCUUAACUGUAUUCAAUUAAUAAAUACAAACAAAAAAAUC